AUGGGAAGGCUCAUCAAGAACCACUGGGGGCGGUUAAUUAUCCUCGCAGCUUCAGCCUAUCAAAUUGCCAGCGCAAUCGAAGGCUUCAUUUGGCCAAAGGUGUUUUGGGAUUUCAUAUCCAAGAACCUCGAUGCGGCCGUCGCGCCGGUCCCUGUUCUCCAAAUCCUCAACCUCAUAAUGGGCAUCGUUGGGUUAGCCUGGGAAUGGCCCUUAAAACCUCUUGCUGGAACAUUUCCGCAUCGCAGCAUCGAAAUCCGACUGGUUGUUUACCCGCUCAGCGCUCUCUUCGCAGCCCUACUCUACCAAGGCACCGAUCCGGCUUUAUACUAUUUAGUGGGAAUUGGGGUAUAUUUUUGGGCUUAUAGCGAAGGCGAGGUUGUGUGUGCAGAGCCAUGGACAUUACCAAAGCGCUCAGGAUUGCUCAAAGCAUAG